UUCCUGUAACUAGCAACCAUUUUCACCCCAGUCAGUUCUCAUGGCAAUGCAAUGUGAACCCCAGCAUACCAGAGUUCAUUCCUGGGACAGUUUGGCCCGCUCAUCCAAUGGAGUUCUCUAUACCAUCACCAAUUGUUGAGCCAAUUGCUGAUCGGAUAUUGGAGCCUAAAAUACAAGGUGAUGAUGCAAAACCAAGUUCAGCUCCAAUGCUGCCUGUGGAUAUUGACACUAUGGGAGAAGCUAAGAAAGAAUUCAACAUUUCAGCAUCUGAGGCAAUAAAUAAUGAUAAUGAAGUAGCUAGAGUUGGGUUGGAAAGUGUACUGGAAAAUGGUCACUUGAAUCAAUCUAUGGUUGACAAUUCUGGGAAUGAUCUAAGCCCAAACAAAAAUCCUGAAGGCAGUGCUGAAAGAAGGAGUGAUGGUGAGAAAACCUUCAGCAUUUUAAUAAGAGGUAGAAGAAACCGAAAGCAGACGUUGAGAAUGCCAAUCAGUUUGCUUAGUCGACCACAUGGCUCCCAGUCUUUUAAAGUAAUAUACAACAGAGUCGUCAGAGGGUAGAAGAAACAAAGCUUGAUCAGUCCUAUGGAAAGGGGCAUGAAGUAUUGUGAAUCUUUCUAGCGUCGUUUUAGCAAACUGCAUUGCCCAUUGGAUUUGUGAUCUAAAAUGCAGAUACUCUAUAUUUAACUUCUACUUGAUUUAGCUGAUAGUAUGAACAAGAACGAGGGUGGCUUUUAAAAUCAGGUAUCAUGACUUCACAAUCUCUAUUGUAUCUAUCUUUUUGCUACUCAAAAAACUGCAGGAAAUGAUCUGAAUAGGUUAAAAUUGUCUUCAUCUUUAUCCUU